AUCAGAAGCAACAACAACUACAGAGCUUUAACGAUAGCACCAAAAAGAAAUACAUAGAAGGGAACUAAGCCCUACAAAAACUAAUGAGUAACUUGUGAUAUUUUUUUUCGAUUUUACUUAGUGUGAUAAGUGUUUGUAACGUGUGACUGAGAGAAAUACUGCAUCGGAGGAACAUGGACUUGUACUGUUGCGAACAAUCAGCAGAAAAUGAAACUAAGGCUUAUGAUGAUCCCACUCUACUCCAAGACAGAGUACUUAAGAAUCUGCUCAAAACGGAGGAUAGAUAUGUGUUACCGUACCCGGCCUCUUUCGUCGUUCAGAAAGAAGUCACCACGGAGAUGAGAAAAAUCGUCGCCGAAUGGAUGAUGGAGGUGUGUGAGGAGCAAAAGUGUCAAGAAGAAGUCUUCUCCUUAGCAAUGAACUAUAUGGACAGAUUUUUAAUGUGUUGUUCGAUUAAGAAAAACCAACUACAAUUGUUGGGCACCGCGUGUAUGUUACUAGCGUCAAAAUUAAGGGAGUCUAGGCCCCUAGCUGGGGAGACUCUAGUGUACUAUACGGACCAUAGUGUUUCAAAACAACAACUUUGGAAAUGGGAACUUCUAGUCUUAAGCAAACUAAAGUGGGACGUGGCGGCGGUAACUCCCCAAGACUUCCUUAAGCACCUCCUAAACAGGCUGCCACUGGAAGAUAAGUGGAACAUAAACUACGACAUGGUCCUGAGUCAUGCAAAGACCCUCAUCACCCUGUGUGCCAGAGAGUUCGUGUUCUCGAGGUACCACCCAAGCAUAAUCGCCUGUGCGAGUAUCGCCUCGGCGCUAUGCGGGGUGGGGUGGGUAUGCAAGAGUGGGCGGUCGCCGGAGGACCUGCUCCAGAAGCUGACUGAAAUAACUUGCAUCGAAAAGGAAUAUGUAGAGCAGUGCCUGAUCCAGAUAGACAAUAUGAUCCGGGAAUCUAGUGUCGUGGAGUACGAAAUACGAAGUAGCGAAACCACACUUAUCGAAGAACUGAGGCCAGGUGAAUUUACUCCACCUCCAACAAAGAACAAGGAUCAUGAAACUGCUCUCAAUCCAACAGACGUACACAACAUACAUUUCUAAACCGUUUACAAGUGAUAGUGAUAAUUUAGAGCUUCCAUAAAUGACUGUACAUAUAAAUAAUUUUACAGAGUGCGUACCUUAUAUACUUUUUUUGUUGAAAAAGAUGAAAUGUUUAUCUCUGCUUUCGAGGAAGCAAAUAGUCAGUAAGGAGUAUACCCAGAAUAAAUUUGAAAUCAGAUUUUGAAAUCGACGAUAUCUACAGAUUUUGUGCUUUCUUACUUAGUUUAAAAUUUAUUGGGGAAAUUUAUUUGGGUAAAGGUGAUCAUUUUGGGUUACGCCUUUAAUUGGCUAAUGAUAUUAGCCUAGAAAAGAGUGGUAAAGAGAAGAUUUGAUUGCAGUGACAUUAAACUUCGGGGGAAGGCAAUAAAAUACGCUUUAAGUGAUAAACUACAUAGUUUAAAAUCCUUGUAUUUUUGUAUUGAUUGACCAUUCUGGAAAUCGUAACGGCAAGAGUGCAGAAUAUUCUGUCUUUAACUUGAUGAACAAUAUAAUUAUUGUAACGAACAAUUAUAUGAAUUUUAUGGCUAUGUAAUUGUUCAUUGAUUAUGUUGGUCAUAUCUGCAAACUUUGCACUCAAGUUAGAUUUAUUAGAAAUCACUGUUUCUUGCAGAUUUUCUAGAGGCACUAAUAGUCAUUUGUAAAUACACAAUAUUUUCUGUUCCUAUUUUUGGAAAACUGUUCCAAUGAUCUAGGUUAAAGCCAUAGAAUUUAAAUUUUCGAUAGAUUCUGAUGCACAAAUUUCAUUAUGAUAGAAGCUGACAAAGUAAUAAAAGCCUUUGUUGUUGAAUCUCAUUUUGGAUGAUAAAAAUGAUUAAUAAUCUUAUGAUGAAAUUUGUGAGACAGAAUGUUAUGAAUCUAUAAAGACUGCAUGCUAUAUAGAGAGCAACGACUUAAUUAUAAUAACUACUUUAAUUAAAUCGUACAAAAUCUAUGUUUUCAUAACAACCCGAUUACAAUAGUUCUAAAGAGAAAUCAAUGCAAUUUAAAACAAGUAUUUAAUUUAAUCAUAAUAAUAAAUAUAUGCUUUUUAUUUAUCCACAUUUAUUGUUUUCUUUAUUAUAGUUUUCUUUGAUUCUAUAUGUGAUUUCUUUUUUAUUUGCGUUAAUAUUUGUGAUUUUGCAAUUGUAUAUUAUAUCUUAUAAGUGAUCAAAAGUGAUUUAAAAUUUAUGCAACAAUAUUAUAUAAGCCAAUAUUUGUACCUAAAAUGCUUGGGCAUAUACCGAUAUAUUAAAUGAAAAUAUUAGUUGCUUAAACAUUAAUAAUGUAAAUAGUUUUAUAUAUUGUACAUAUUUAUAUAUAAAAACAAACCAUUCAUCCAACCACAAAUCACUGCCAUUUUACACGAAAUAUUUCAAUUUGCUCAUAACUUACAAUAGUUCAAUUUUAUAUACCUCAAUUUCAGUUCCAUCUACAUAAUCAACAGAUAUUUAUAUAUUGUACAGAUUUAAUUUUAAUCAUAUAUGCUUUUAUUGUAUAUAUCAUCUAAGAGAAUUUUUAUAAUACAUAAAACGUUUUCUA